UCCUAUUUUUACGACAAACACGAAGACAUAAAAAGGACACGGAAAAUUCUGAUUUAAUCAUUUCACGACCCAGUGUCAAACAAAAUGAAGUUGUUUCUGGUCAUUUUUAUGGUGCAAAUAGUGUUAUCGGUGGGUCAAAAAUACACAUCUCGCUAUGACAAUUUGAAUAUUGACCAAGUAUUGUCCAACAAGAGGGUUCUGGGGAAUUACAUCAAAUGUAUCUUAGAUGAAGGACCUUGUACUGCCGAAGGAAGAGAGUUAAGAAAGCAUAUUCCCGAAGCCAUUGAGUCAAAUUGCGCCAAAUGUACCGAGGCCCAAAAGCGUUUCGUGAAAAAGGGAGCGAAUUUCGUGAAAGCGAAUCACCCUAAGGACUGGUCCAGGAUCGCCAGGAAGUACGACCCCGAGGGAACAAGGGCCGCCUCCUUUAACAACUUUUUGAGUUCUUAAUUGGACCUUUUAAUUAAUUGUGAUAUUUAGGUUAGGAUAUAAUAAAAAAUGUUUUUAUAAAUA